AAGGUUUAAUUCUCAGGGAACACGCAAACUGAUUAAAUGUAUCCCUUGAAUGUAAGUCGCUAAUUGUAAAUGACUAUUUAGUAAUGUAAUUUCCGAAAUUCUUCUUCAUUGUGGGCCUUUCAACCAGACUGUUUUCAAUUGGGCUUUCAAUGAUUUUUAAUUUGAAUCACUCACUCUCACACUAUUUCAAUAGAGCUCUAUCUCACCCAUUCCCUCCCUCUCUUCUUUCUCUCUUCACACACAGAUGACAGUUCCCCUAUCUCUCAGAGCCAGUAUCUGUAUUUCAAAUAGGGACUUGUUUGUAUUGAAUGCAGUAAGUUGUUUGUUGUGAUUAUGCUCAUUUUGACAACCUAUUUUUAACCUAGAGAUUUUACUUUUUUCAUAUUUAAACGUGCUAUCGUUGAGCCUGAGUUGUUUCCACUUUUGUUCUUUCAGCUUUCGUUUAUUUAUUGUUUUGGUUAACUCUUGCUCCGUGGUUCAUGUUCUCUGGUAAUAUUCAGACACAGAGGUGGGGGGGGGGGUGAGAGUGAGAGAUCGAGAGAGCUGUAAGCCACAGUGACUGGUUUUCAGGUUUUAAGUUUUGACAGCAGAAGUUGAACGCCAGUGCUCGUCCCAGCCUGUAGAGUCACUUAGUACCUCUGGGCAUACAGUGUGGAGGAGUGAGACUACAAGGUGCCCAAUGGAACAAGUAGGGGUUUAAUUUCCCCUGUGGAUCAAGAGGGACAAAAGAGGACACCGGAGGACAGGACUUGGCACCAUGAUUCGCAAAGAUUCAAAGAGUGGUAGGAAGUCCCGUCAGGAGGGGGGAAGUGUAAUAAAGAACAGAAGACCAGUGCAGAGGAGGAUGACAUGCCCCAGCCCACAGGAGAUCAGUCAGGCUCUACAGAGUCCACCGGCGCACCCAUCGUUCCGCGCUGCCAGCCUGGACGAGCUCAUCGUCCGCUGCCUCCACUGCUUCGACACAGAUGGAAAGCUGACCAAAGGAACACAGCUUGUUCAUAUGACCAUGAUGAUGCAUAACUGGGUCGUACCAUCAAACAUCUUCGCUCAUAAGCUGCUUUCUUUAUAUAAGGAUUGUCCAGCAGAGAAGAGGGCACAAAGGCGCCCACAAAUCUGCCACUUCAUCAGGCAGUGGAUUAGUCAGUUUCGGCUGAUGUUUGAGGCAGACCCUCUAUUAGAAAAAGCGAUGGGAGAUCUUUGGGAUCUGGUCAGAGUUGAGGGGAAUGACUUGCACUAUCAGCUGUUCAACACACCUUACAUCAAUCCUCCAGUGAAUGUUUCCCAGACUACCUCUCCCUCAGUGAAGAAAAGGAAAGUUUCCCUGCUGUUUGACCACAUGGAGCCAGACGAAAUGGCUAAACAUCUCAGCUACUUGGAGUUCAAAAACUUUUGUAACGUCUCAUUCCUGGACUACCGAAGUUACGUGGUGCAUGGCUCAGUGAGGGACAAUCCAGCCCUCGAGCGCUCCGUCAUGCUCUGCAAUGGAGUUUCCCAAUGGGUCCAGCUCAUGAUUCUCAACAGACACACCCCACAGCAGCGAGCAGAGGUCUUCACCAAGUUUAUACAUGUAGCACAGAAGCUGAGAGCCCUGCAGAAUUUCAAUACUCUGAUGGCUGUGAUUGGAGGGCUGUGUCAUAGCUCUAUUUCUCGUCUCAAAGAUACAGCCAGCCUGCUUUCCUCUGAUGUCACAAAGACUCUCAGUGAACUCACAGACCUGCUGUCAUCCUACAGCAACUAUUCAAACUACAGGCGGGUGUACAGUGAGUGCACUGGAUUCAAGGUGCCUAUCUUGGGUGUUCAUCUCAAAGAUCUGAUCUCCCUCAAUGAGGCUCUGCCCGACUACCUGGAUGAUGAUAAGAUCAACCUGGGAAAACUGCAGCAUUUAUACAGCAACAUUAACGACUUGUUGGCCAUCCAUGACUUCACCCCACCGUUUGAGGCCAACAAAGACCUGCUGCACCUGCUAACGCUCUCGCUAGACUUGUGUUACACAGAGGAUGAGAUAUACGAGCUCUCCUAUGCCAAGGAACCCAAGAACCCUAAAAUUCAGACUGUUGCUCCCCUGAAGCCCCCUGUGAUAGCAGAAUGGGGAUCAGGAGUGACUCCUCGUUUGGAUCCUGCUACCAUCUCUAAACACGUUAAACAGAUGGUUGAUUCUAUCAUGAAGAACUACGAUUUGAACAUGGAUGGCUUCAUCUCACUAGAGGACUUUGAGAAGAUUGCUGCAAAUUUUCCUUUCUCUUUCUGCACACAUGAGAGUGAUAGAGAAGGAGAGAUCAGCAGAGAGGAAAUAACUUCUUAUUUCAUGCGUGGGAUGUCAGUGUGUGCUAAGCUUGGCUUCAACCUCCACAACCUGCAUGAUUUUCAUGAAAUCACAUACAAAAGGCCCACAUUCUGCGACACCUGUGGAGGAUUUUUAUGGGGAGUGAUAAAGCAAGGCUACCACUGCAGAGACUGUGGAGUGAACUGUCAUAAGCACUGUAAGGAUGUGGUGGGAAUGGAGUGUAUGAAGAGGUUCCAGGUGACCAGUAGCUCUUGUCCCUGCACCCCUGGUCCUGGACUAGGCCUCCACACUAAGGGAAACAGCUGGAGCUCUGAGGAGGAAGCGUUUGUCUUCCCUAAUGGAAAUGGAUCUGAACACUCCAAGGGCCAAACCUCAUCGGACAGUGAUGCAGAGGCGGCUACAUUAUCCGACACAUCCACUCAGACAGACCCAGCAGUGUGGACACCAGUAGCAAAACGAAAAGACCGACUUAAUUCUCAGAAACAACAUCCACCCCUUGAAAAGAGCACCACUCUACCAGCAAGGGUGCGAGGUACCUCCGCCCCUAUUUCUCUCCUACAGGAGAAAAUGGAUGAACUGAAGCUGAACAAAGAUAAAAGAAGAGAACCAGACUGAAGUUGUUGUUAAUGUGGAGAUGUGUUUGUAUUUGUGGUCUCACUGUAAAAACAGACAGAUAUUACCGCUGUAUUUCAAUGUUUCUCUGUAACGAUAAAGGAACUGUUUUGCACUGGACAUACCAGACUCAAGAACAUGUCCUCAUAUUCCUCGCAAAUUGUCUUGUUCUAUUGUCUUCAACAGAUUGUUCAUGACGUUCAUUAAAUGUGAUGAAAUUCUACCCAGAAGGACUAAUGCAAGGAAUUUUAUGUAAGGAAUUACAGAGGGCCCACUCCCUCAGGGCUCUUUUAAAUCCCUAAUGGAACUUUAUGGUAAGAGCACUGUUUGCACCAGCACCAACUGCCAAUGAGGACCACAUCAAUGGACCUCACAUUUCCACAGGUUCCCAAAGGUGGACUGUCUGCUAAAUCAUUCAUCUCACUACCAAUCAUCUUUGUAAAAGACUAAUGGACUUUCUUGAAUUUUGCCAUUAAGAGGUGCUUUCUGCUAGAACUGUUGUCGUAAUAUUUACACUGGUGAAAAAUAUACACUGUAAUCAAUUGAACAACAUAAUUUAAACUUGAACUGCAAGAAUGUAUCUCCUCUGUGAAGGGAUGUGUGAUUUUGCUGAUAUAAUACUCAAAAUGCAUCACUGUGCCUUAUGCAAUGAACUAUUCACUUAGAGGAGACAAAGGGUAUUAUAUCACUGGUUAUAUCAGACAAUUGUCCUGUCCCAAUUCAAAAUGAUCACAUUCUGUUUCAAUAGUGCUCAAUUUUGUGAGUGGAAUAGAUGAAACCAAGAUCAUGAUUGACUCGCUCUCAUCCAGCGCAUUUGAGCAUCAGCACUAAUUAAUAAGGGGAGAGUGAGGUUAGGGUUGAUAAAAACCUAUUCAUAUGAACAUUAUGGACCUAUUUUAAGUUGUUUUUCUGAUGUAUUGUCUUUUAGAUAUUAUCAUCUUCGACUUGAAUGUCUGUUUAACUAAAUCUUGCAUUUAGGCUAUAGGUUUUUAUUUAUUGAGAUAUGAUAAAUCUGAAGUAUUUUCCUAAAUAAAGCAAUGCCUGAUGUGAUUGAAAAAUAAAUGUGA